AUGAGGACUGACAAGGCAGAAUCCACAGGGCUCAAGUCCGUAGAGAAACUCACCAUCACAUUCCUAGUCGACAACACGCUCGAAUGGUUCGGAAAACUUCCCCCAGGAUUCACGAACGAGAUCCGGAAUCACCUCACAGAGCACAACCCACGCCGCGACCCGCUCACGGGCGCGCCGUUUCUUGAACUGGACGAUUAUUGCUGUGGCGCUCAUGGGUUCUCUGCUCUCAUUGAAACGCAGGAGACCGCGUCCUCCCCAUCGUAUCUGACUUUAUUUGAUACCGGCCCAGAUCGUACAUCGCUCAUCCGAAAUAUCAAGUCGAUGCACGUUCCCGUCAGCUCUAUCGAGCGAGUCAUCCUGUCGCAUUGGCACCGCGAUCAUAGCGGAGGAAUCCUCUCCUUCCUCGACCAUCGAAACGAAGUGGCACCUUCAUCCGAAUCGUCUCCGCCAUGCAUCUUCGACCUACACCCUGAUCGUCCCAUCGCCCGUGGCAUAGCGCCUCCUCCACGAAACGAUGUGAUAUGCCGUCUGCCUGAAGAUCCGACUUUUAAUGAGAUCGAGGAGAAGGGCGGGGUUGUCGAGAAGAGCAGUGUGGGGCAUGCUGUCGCUGGUGGGACUGUCUGGGUAAGCGGUGAGAUUCCUAGGGUGACUGAUUUUGAGGGUGGGCUCCUAGGAGGAGUAAGAUGGCAGAGUGACGACAAUGCGUCGAUGGGUAGUGCAGGGAAGUGGGUGCCCGAACCGCAUAUCAUGGAUGAGCGUUAUGCAGCCAUCGACGUGGUCGGAAAGGGCCUGGUAAUCUUCAGCGCAUGCUCUCACGCUGGGAUCAUCAACGUCGUCAAAGACGCCGUCAACACGUUCUCUCGGCCAGUCUACAUGAUUAUCGGAGGUCUUCACCUCGGUGGACCCGAGCUCGCCCCUCGAAUCCAACCCACCGUCCAUUUCCUGUCUCGACAGCUUAUUCCAGCCCCGACAUACGUCCUUCCGAUGCAUUGCUCAGGUUUCAACACGAAGAUAGCCCUCGAAGCAGAGCUGGGCGAGGGUUGCGUUCCUGCGGGUGUGGGCCACAAGAUUGUCGUUAAUGGGGAUCGGGUGGGGGAGGAUAGGCUGAUGGAGGGUAGUUGGCGUGAAGGGUAGACGCACACCAGGACGAUUGGUGCACGAUGUGUGUUUAGGAGGACAACAGAAGUAUUCAUAAAGUACUACUUACGUGACUUGUACCGCACCGCACGCACCCACAUCCUACCACACCACGGAUAUAUGUAAAGUAAAACCAAACCACUCGUAAGUUGG